GCCAAGAGGAGAAGCCAGUUGUCCGGGAACUGUGGUUCAUUGUGGUGAUGGCAGGCAUCGCCCUGCUGCUGCUGGCCUUCGUGUUAACUUUUGUGCUUCAUAAGGCCCUGAACAAACCUCCAUUCAGCAGAGAGAGACCUCCACUGGUGGCCCUACCCAUGCAGAAGAGGAGCCCAAUGGCUGUCUACCCACCCAGCAACUCCGUUUUGUUUGACACCGUGCCUGACACAACAGGCUUCUCCAACAGUGUAACACUCAAGGGCUUCACCAUGAAGAUGGAGGAAGUGCUGGAAGCCAAAUGCGAGCCCAUUGAUGAGGACCCUCCACAGGGGGAACUGGGCAUCCUCAGCGUGAACUCCCUGAGGCGCAGCGCCAGCCAGGUGAUGGAUGGGAAGUCGCUCACUGGAGACGACGAAGCGUGGGACCCAAACAUUUCAGGCCAUGACAGUGGGAUGUUUAUGGAUGAUGAAGAAUUUGUUGAGACCAUCAAAGGCUUCAGCACUGUGAGGAAGGAGCACACCAUGUUCACUGACACUAACCUGUGAGCCAACGACAGGGACAGCAGCCCUGCGGGUUUUAACAUCCUGAACAACCACCUUUUUUUAAGAACAAGAACACUGGAAAAACUCUGUGAUGGGAGGGGAAGGGAAGCGUAAUGUUUCUGACAUUUAAACAUAAGUGGACAUUAUUAGAGUGGAAGGAGGAAGCAGCUGCUCGUGUGGAGGAAAAAUGAAAUGUUUCAAAGGACAAUUUUCCCUCUAGAGAUCACUUGUUUUCUGCAAGAUGUAACCUUUUCGUUUUCUGAGGCACAAACGUUUCCCAACCACUGUAAAACUACUGAAUUCAUGUUCGUGUGUAUUGGAUGCUCUGUCCGCAAAUCUGUUAUGAGCUUGCACAGCUGACUGGGAACAACCAACAUCUUUUGCCAAAAUCCAUGCCGGAUUUCCUUCUUGAAUGAAUUGUUUAAUUCUUUUCAUUGUUUCAUCUGACGGCUCUCUUGUUGGGCACACCCUUCCUUUCGGUCAGCCGGGUGCAGCAGCUUGUUAAGGUUUGCAGAAAGUUGCAAAUUUAGGUUUGUACAAGUAUUUGUUUUGGAAAUGCAAAUUACAAAGUUAUUCCACAUGUUUUUCCUG